AGGUUUGAUUUAUUUCUCCUUUCCUGUAAAAUCCAUUUUUACUCCAUUUGUUACGCAUUUUCACGUUUUCCUCCACUUUUACUUUGAUCCAUUCAACUAAAUUACUCUUUAAAAAAAAAAACAGGCUCCACCCUCCUCCUUUUGUCUCAGUUGUUCUCGGUUGUUGGCAGUGUAUUGACCUUGUUUCUCUCUCUGUUGAGUACUUUUUAAAAUUUUAUCUGUGUUUUCCACCGGAUGUUUUUCUUGUUUUUGGUUGGUAACGCUGUUUCGCGGUGGAAGUUAAUUCUUGCCGGGCUCAGUGGCGGCUGGUUUCAGAGGAAAGAGUAAAAAAAAAAACGAUGCCAGUUUCCAUCCAAGCUCUAUGAUGGACGCACGGAUGGUGGUUUUCUUCUGUACAGUACUGAGUUCAUCUGCUGCAGAACUGGUGAAGAUCCUGACAGCCACUGAAGGAGGAAACAUCACUAUACCUCACGCUGUGAGCAACUCUGGAUUACUUACAUUUGGACCAAAUCUUAUUGCUCGGGUGACGAACAAGGAAAUCAAAGUAGAGGACAUUUAUAAGGACAGACUCAUCUGGGACCAAAACACUGGACUCUUUACUCUAACUGGACUACAGAGGAAUGACUCAGGGGAUUAUGCCAUUAGCACAUCUUCAGUUUAUAGACUCACAGUGUAUGGGACUGUUCCCACACCUGCGGUGGUCUCACUGAAUGUGAGCGCUGAGAGCUGCACCCUGCAGUGCUCUGUGGACAACGCUGAAGACACGACUCUGUCGUGGCACAAAGAUGAGGAGACGCUGAAUCAGACCAGCUCAGCUCUCUCUCUGCUUCUCACUGUGAACAAGAAGGAUUUCAGCUCUUCAUAUCGAUGUGUCGCAGCCAACCCUGCUGAAAACAAGACUCGUGCAGUUGACAAGACGCUCUGCCCUGAACUGAGCAAACCCCAAAGACACCUUUUUAUUGCCUUCAUCAUCAAGAGGAAGUGUCCUCAGACACAUGAAAACAAGAGGAGAACCACACAAGCACAAGGUUCAGAGAACACAGAGGUUCAUUAUACUGAAAUAGGGGAAUCAAGUUCACCAGAUUCCUCAGCAACUGACGGCUCUUCCCAUCUAAAAACAGUCUAUGAUAAACUGGAAUUUCAUCGCAUGCAGGCAGUUCACACAGCCCCUAAUGAUAACAUUUGAGUACAAUCGACGGACCUCCCACACGCUGUGAAAUAAACAAUUGGGCAGAUGUGCUCAAAUUGUUGGACUGAACUCGGAGGCCUCCAGAUUUCAAAUAAACUCUAUUUGAGUCCUCAGUUUAAAAAAAAAAGAGAGAAAAAGAGGACUGUGUGCAGAACGUUGGACUGUGUCUGCACAUCAAUCGUUUUUAAACCUGGUGAGUUGCUUUGGUUUAAAAAGAACGUCUGAGCUGGCUGGCAAAAAUACAGUGUGUGUUCCUGUCCCAAAUCACAAGAGGAGUGAGUCCAGAGACAGCAGGAGAUUGUAAACAUUUCAUAAUGUAUACAUUUCAUUAUUUUAUAUUUAUCUUAUUGUAUCAGUUUUUUUCUCCUUUGUGAAGUGUUUGUUGUAACGGUUUCCUUUGUUGCUGAAUCACGUAUGUUAAGGUCAGACAAUUUCAAAAUUUUGUUAGCUAAUAAAGAGGCUGAGUGCAAGAGCGACA